UCAAUUAUUUACAGAAAAUCUUGAAGAUUCAAAACAUUUAGAAAGGGAAUUAUUAGAAGAGAAACUCUUUUCAUUAUCGAAAUCCCACAUUUCAUGAACUGCUGUCAUAACUCAUAACUUUUUCCUCUUUUCAUGACUCUAGAGAAAGCAGUUAAUCAUCUGCGAAAAAGAGAAUUAACAGAAGGGCACACGACACGAGAGUAGAAGUUUAUCGACAAAGGGGAGAUUGUAUUGGUGCAGCAACUUCCCUUAAGCCCACGCAUCAAUAGAAACCAGUUUCAUUCAUCUUCCAUUUUUGUCGAGGGUGUAACAAGCAGCAUAACGAAAGAAUCUUCACAAUCACAAUUAGACUUUUUUUUUAAACACAUCAACACGAAAGAAGAAAAAUAAUAAUGGGGAAAGAUUAUUAUAAAACUCUGGGACUUACAAAGGGUGCCACCGACGAGGAUAUCAAGAAGGCGUACAGAAAAUUAGCAUUAAAAUUUCAUCCGGACAAAAACAAAGCAGCUGGUGCUGAAGAGAAGUUCAAGGAGAUUGCCGAGGCGUAUGAAGUGCUGAGUGAUAAGAAGAAACGUGAUGUUUAUGACAGAUAUGGUGAAGAUGGUUUGAAAGGAAAUAAGUCAAAUGGCACCUCAAACAACAACUCAAGCUUCACAUACGAGUUCCAUGGUGAUCCAAGAGCAACAUUUGAAUCAUUUUUCGGAACGAGUAAUCCUUUUAGCUCCUUCUUCGACUCUGAUAAUAUUUUUGAUCAUCACAAUAACUUGUUUUCAUCAAUGGGUGGUAUUGAUGAUGAUUUCUUCUCAACACCAUUUGGUUUGGGUCGUUCACCGCAUGGUCUUGGAACAGCAUUUAGGUCACAUUCAUUUAACGUUCAUACACCGCUCAAGAAAGAGAAGAUUCAAGACCCGCCUGUUGAGCAUGACUUGUACGUGACACUUGAGGAAAUUAACAGUGGUUGUGUGAAAAAGAUGAAAAUCUCACGACGUGUAUUGCAGCCAGAUGGGACGCCGAAGAAGGAGGACAAAUAUGUGAGCAUUUCAGUGAAGCCAGGAUGGAAGUCGGGCACGAAGGUAACGUUUCAAAAAGAGGGCGAUCAAACGAAAGGAAAAAUACCUUCAGAUAUCGUGUUUAUCAUUCGAGACAAACCUCAUCCAUUGUUCAGACGCGAGGGCAGCGAUCUUAGAUACACUGCGCGCCUUACUCUCAAACAGGCUCUUUGUGGUGUGAUAUUUGAAGUGCCGACAAUCACAGGUGAUAAACUGCGAAUCAGUACAAAACACGAAAUUAUCAAACCAAAUACCGUCAAGAGAAUACAAGGCUACGGCCUUCCACUGCCCCGCGAUCCAACCAGAAAAGGCGAUCUCCUUGUCGCUUUCGAUAUCAAGUUUCCAAGUGCAUUGACACCCACAGAGAAGGAGCUGCUUGCUGAUAUGUUGCCUGAUGUGUGAACUUUCUUCGUCAAUUUUCUUUUUAUUUCAUUUAAAAUGGGGUGAAACGUAACUAAAAUCUCCAAAUAUUUUAUUUGUUAACUUUGAUUUACGGUUUCGAUCAGAACUCAACUCUCAUAAAUAAUUUAAAACAAUAAAUAUUCAUAGAGAGUAGUCUAUAGUGAGAUUUUAUUUCAGUUUUUAUUAUUUAUGAAUGAGGGUUGAAUUCUGUGCUAGUCUUUGUGGAAUUUUAAACGGAAGGAUUGACAAAUAUUGUUUAAAAAUUGUCAACUCUCUCUCUCUCUCUUUCUCUUUCAUGCCUUGAAACAUUUCACAAUAAUGGACAAUGAAAUUAAAUUCAAUUUUAUACCAAACAUCCGAGUAAUAUUUCACAAUGUUAAAUCAGAGAAUGCAUUAUUAACUAUUUGCAAACAAAUUUAUUCGUCUCACCCACGCUACGUUUCACAUAACUUUUGUUUAAUAAUUUUAUAAUUUUUUUCUUUCUGAUAAUUUUCGGCAGCAAUUAUCUUUAAAUAUUUAAUCAGAAACAUUGGAAAAUUGUUGUGCAAUUUUUGAUGACAAAUAUGGAGGUUCUUUAUGAUGUUUUGAAUUCUCCACUAAAUCAACCCAACCAUGCAGUCAAACAAAAUAACUGAAAACACUUUUUGUUUAAAUAAUUAAUUAAUUUCCAUUCGUUUAAUGAACAUCAUGAAAAUGGAUAUUUUAUAGUUUUAAAUAUUUCAUUAUUAAUUUAUUUUGAUAAUUUUAUGUAAAAUUAUCUUUAAUGUAGUCAGACGAUGAUGAAAAAGUUGAGAAAUUUCAUCGCCAUAAAAAGUUUAAUGGAAUUGUACUGAAGUCAUCUGUCAAUAUUUCAUUCACUAUCAUCUCGUUUCCUUGUCCCUUCUCCUUCAAUCCGUCAAGUAAAAUCAUCAAGCGAGCAUUAUUCUAUGCAAAUAUCUCUUCACCAAUAUCUGAGAAUUUUGUAAAGAAACUUGUAACAUAAUUGUUUAAAAAAAAUUAAAUUAAAAUGCAUAAAAGUUUUCAGAAAAAAAAGGAAAA